ACAACAGCGUCGCUCCAAUUUGAUUUGGGAUGUCUUCUUCUACUCUGAUUCUGAAUUAGAAAUUUUUGGAAUUUUGGAUCAAACUGAAAAAAUAAAAUAAAAAAUAUGAGAACUCGAGCUUCUUCGAUCGCUUCGUCGUUUUUCUCUACAACGCUUUCUCGCCGAACCUUCAUUCACCACCGCAUCAAUGUCCUUCGCUUCUACUCCCAUACCCGUCCAGGGCCACUUACACAGUACAAGAAUCUUGUUGAGCAAGGGAAGCUACAACAUGAUCCUUACCAGGAAAGGGUCGCUUCAGAAUUACAGAAGUUACUUGGGAGGUUGGAGGAGUAUGAGAAAGAUAUGGAGGAAUAUCAUGUAAACCUAGCUAACUGGGAAAAGAGUAGGGAGAAUGAGCGGCGAAGGCUUUUGAUGGAGGAAGCCAAGGUAAAGCAGCAGGGGGGCGAGGGGGGCAUAUGGACGUCAAUAAACAAGCAUCGAAUUGAACUUCUUCAAAGAUGGACAUUCCGGAGAAAAAUUGAAAAUGUCGAACCAGGAGUGGGGAAAUGGGUUUCGUACCUUAAUCGAGAGAGAAAAUUAGACUCAUUCACUGGUCGCCGCCCGACUCCUCCUCCGGCUCCUAAAGGACUAUAUAUAUAUGGCAAUGUUGGAAGUGGGAAGACAAUGCUUAUGGAUAUGUUUUAUAGUACCACUGAGGGAAUUGUGAAAAAUCGAAGAAGGCAUCACUUUAAUGAGGCUAUGCUUAAAAUUAAUGAACAUAUGCAUAAGAUAUGGAAGAAUCAGGUGGAGGAGAAGUCUUUGCAGUCUAGCUUUUCUGGUUGGAUUAUGAAUCUUCCCUUUGAUACAAAAGUUAAGGAGUGGUUGGCUGCAGAAGAAAGAUACAAGCAAGAGGUACAGAUGAAAAAUAUUCUUCCUGCUGUAGCAGAUGAAUUUCUUGUUGAUCGACAAUUGGAUCAAAGAGGAGCUAGCAUUCUUUGCUUUGAUGAGAUCCAGACUGUUGAUGUAUUUGCUAUUGUGGCCUUAUCUGGAAUUCUAAGCAGACUGUUGAGCACUGGAACUGUUCUUGUAGCCACUAGCAAUCGAGCACCAAAUGAGUUAAAUCAGGAUGGUAUGCAGCGGGAGAUCUUCCUAAAAUUUAUUGCCAAGUUGAAGAACCAUUGUGAGAUUGUUCUAAUCGGAAGUGAGAUUGAUUAUCGCCGUCUUAUAGCGCAAAGUUCAAUAGAUCAAGUUCAUUACUUCUGGCCUUUAAAUAGCAUUGCUGCAAAGGAGUUUGAAAAGUUAUGGUGUGAAUUGACCAACCAAUUGGGAGGAGAAAUCACCACGGAUAAUGUCCCUGUGAUGUUUGGCAGAACAUUGGAAGUUCCUAAAAGCUGUGAGGGAGUGGCAAGGUUCACAUUCGAGUAUCUUUGUGGUCGGCCGGUAGGUGCAGCAGAUUAUAUUGCAGUUGCAGAAAAUUAUCAUACUGUCUUCAUAUCUGACAUUCCGAUGAUGAGUAUGCGCAUCCGUGACAAGGCACGGCGGUUUAUCACCCUUAUCGAUGAGUUGUACAAUCAUCACUGCCGCCUAUGUUGUUUAUCAGCCUCUUCAAUUGAUGAAUUAUUUCAAGGGACUGAAGAGGGUACACUUUUUGAUUUGGAGAGUUUCCAGUUUGAAACAGAGACAGAAGGUGCUAAACUACGGACCAAUGUCUUAGCAGAAGGCAAUGUUGGCUCAGGAGGUGCCCCAACGGGUAUUAUAUCUAUGCUAUCAGGUCAAGAAGAGAUGUUUGCUUUCCGCCGAGCAGUCUCCCGCUUGAUUGAAAUGCAGACGCCUUUAUACUUGGAGGGAGUCCAUAUUCUUCAUCCAUAUUUCCGGAGACAACACCAAGAAUUUCAAAAUAAUUGUGUAAGCACCUUACAAUCUCUUUCAUCAUCAUGAGAAGUGAUUAUUUCAAGGAACAGGGACUUCCCUAUUCUGUAAUAAUGAAUUUAACAAUGGAAAAGUAUGUUGAAAUAUCAAAUUAAUAAAAAUUGAUAUUUUAUUCUUUA